AAAUAACACAUUUAAAUUUAAUAUAUGUAUUAUCAAAAACAACUGACAAUUAUUAUAAAAUAUUAAUCACAUAAGUUAAGAAUAAUGGUGCAAAUGCACACUAAAUAAAUAGGAACGUUAAAAAUGGCAAAAUUUACUAAUGGCACUUAUUUAUUUGUUAUAAAUGAAAAACUAUAUAAUAAAAUAUAAUCAUAAUAUUAUUAACUUUAUCAAUUACACACAACCACUUUAUAAAGGAACUAAACUAAAUAAAAAUAUAAACAUAACCAAUCCAUUAUGUGAAGAAGAAAAUUUUUCCAUUGUAAAUUAAAAACAAAAUUAUGAUUUAUGCGACGAGAAUCUUCUAUAUUUUGGCAAAGUGUACAUUUCUGUAUUACAUACAAUUGUAUAUGUAAAAAGUGUAAUGAGAUGAAAAUUUUGCUAAGAAAAUUUCUAUAAAAAACAGCAAAUUAUUACAUUAAUCUAUAUUGUAUAUAAGAAAAUGUAUUUAAUUAGAAUUAGAUCUAUGUAGCUGCAAAUAUGCUGACUGGAAAAAAUUUACCUAUGCUUAUAGUUAAAAUAAGCUUAAAUAUUAAAUAAGAUGGAGUUGAUGGAAAAAAUAAAGAAGAAGUUUAAAUUUUUACAAUGAUUUCAUCUUAGCUACAGGAGCAACAAUUACUUGAUCUUUUCUUCUAAAAAAUCAUUUAAAAGUUUAUAAAUAGCCAACUAUUUGCAGUUUAUAAUUGACAAGAAGAAUUGAUAAUUAUAAAGUGAAUUCAUUUAAUAUAUAAGGGACUUUUUAAAAUUGUUAUACUGAAUACACUUUAUAUAAUAUUAUACCUGUACUAUAUUAAUAUAAGCACAACAUUUAAUGUAUACAAAAAUAAAAGAGCAGUUCUACAUUAAAAUAUCUUUUGCAUUCUAAUAUCUUAUGCUCUUGAUGUUGAACAGAUGAAUAUUGAAUUAAGUUGAGAUCAUGUUGAAUAAUCUUCCAAUACGCAUUACCAAAUUUAUAUUGAUGUUAUAUUGUAGGAUAUAUAAAUUAAAAUUAGCAUUGGAAGCAGUUAUCAUAUAAUGUUAUACAAAAAAAAAAAUAUGAAUUUUAAAUGGAAGAUUUAAUAAAGGUGGGGCUACAAAUAGAGGCUCCAACUCCAAUACCAUCAGAUAAUAUAAUUUUCAAUGGAAAAACUUUAAUAAGUUUACCACAACCUCUAACAUUAGAGGAGAAAAAAUAUUUAUUAGCUGUGGAGCGCGGUGAUUUGGCAAAUGUUAGAAGAAUUAUACAGAAAGCAAUUAGAAAACAACAUCUUAAUAUCAAUUGUAUGGAUCCAUUGGGAAGACGUGCAUUAACAUUGGCAAUUGAUAGUGAAAAUCUUGAAAUGGUUGAAUUAUUAGUUGUUAUGGGUGUUGAAACUCAAGAUGCAUUAUUGCAAGCGAUAAAUGCUGAAUUUGUUGAAGCUGUAGAAUUAUUACUUGAGCACGAGGAAUUAAUUCAUGUCGAAGGUGAACUGUAUAGCUGGCAAAAAGUUGAUCUGAAUACAUCAAGAUUUACCCCAGAUAUAACACCUCUGAUAUUAGCUGCUCAUAAGAAUAACUAUGAAAUUUUAAAGCUUUUAUUGGAUCGUGGUGCUGCAGUACCAAUACCACAUGAUGUUAGAUGUGGCUGUGAAGAAUGUAUUAGAAUUUCAAAAGAAGAUCCACUAAGAUUAUCUUUAGCUCGUGUUAAUAUGUAUCGUGCUUUAGCAAGUCCAUCAUUGAUUUCAUUAACAUCAGCUGAUCCUGUAUUAACAGCAUUCAAAUUAUCAUGGGAUUUAAGAACAUUAGCUUUUACCGAACAGGAAUGCAAAAAUGAAUAUUUAGAAUUACGUUAUCAGUGCCAAAAAUAUGCAGUAAAUUUACUUGAUCAAGUACGAAAUUCAAAUGAAUUAGCUGUGAUUUUAAAUUAUGAUCCGGAUGCGCCACCAUAUGUUUAUGGUGAUCGUAUGACAUUAAAUCGACUCGAAUUAGCAAUUAAAUAUAAGCAGAAAAAGUUUGUGGCUCAUCCAAAUAUACAACAAUUAUUGGCGUCAAUUUGGUAUGAAGGUGUACCGGGAUUUCGACGUAUGAAACUUAUAGAUAAAUUAUUAACAAUUGUUAAGGUGGCUGUGUUAUUCCCAUUAUAUUGUGCAAUGUAUAUGAUUGCUCCAAAUUGUCAAACUGGGAAGUUAAUGCGAAAACCAUUUAUGAAAUUUUUAAUUCAUGCAUCAUCAUAUUUAUUCUUUUUAUUUGUCCUUAUUUUGGUAUCACAGCGAGCUGAAGAUGAUGUUAUAAAAAUAUUUGGUACUAAAGACAUGAAACGUAAUUUAGAAGAAGAAAUGAAACAGAAUCGUGGCAAAGGUCCAACUAGUCUUGAAGUACUAGUAUUACUAUAUGUUUUUGCAUUUGUAUGGGAGGAAAUACAGGAAGUUUAUAUGCAAGGAAUAAGAAAUUAUUUACGUAAUAUGUGGAAUAUUAUUGAUUUUAUACGAAAUUCACUAUAUAUGAGUGUGUUUGUAUUAAGAGUAUUCGCAUAUAUUCAGCAAAGAACUGAAAUAUAUAGAAAUCCGACAACAGCUUAUACACCAAGAGAAAGUUGGGAUGCAUUUGAUCCACAAUUGAUAGCAGAAGGAUUAUUUGCAGCAGCAAAUGUAUUUUCAGCUUUAAAAUUAAUUCAUUUAUUUUCGAUAAAUCCACAUUUGGGACCAUUACAAAUAUCUUUAGGUCGAAUGGUUAUCGAUAUUGUGAAAUUUUUUUUCAUUUAUUCUCUAGUCUUGUUCGCAUUCGCAUGUGGUUUAAAUCAAUUGCUUUAUUAUUUUGCUGAUUUAGAAAAAAGUAAAUGUUAUAGUUUAUCAAAUGGUGAAGCUGAUUGGAUUGGUAAUUCUGAUGCAUGUAUGAAAUGGAGACGUUUUGGAAACUUAUUUGAAUCAUCACAAUCAUUGUUCUGGGCAAGUUUCGGUAUGGUUGGAUUAGAAAAUUUUGAACUAGAAGGAAUAAAAGCGUAUACUCGUUUCUGGGGAUUAUUAAUGUUCGGUUCAUAUAGUGUGAUUAAUGUGAUUGUACUGUUGAACCUUCUUAUUGCAAUGAUGUCAAAUUCAUAUGCAGCAAUUGUGGAACAUUCUGAUACUGAAUGGAAAUUCGCAAGAACAAAAUUAUGGAUGAGUUUCUUUGACGAUAGUCCCACAUUACCUCCACCAUUCAAUAUAUUUCCAUCUGUUAAAUGGAUUAUUAGAAUAUUUAGGAAAUCGAGCAAAGAACUUGCAAGAAAGAAGUCUGAGAAAAGACGUGAAGCUGAACGUGAGAAUCAGUAUAUAAAUAUUAUGAGAGCACUUGUUUGGCGUUAUGUAUGUGAUCAGCAUCAUAAAUUGGAAGAGUCUGCAAUAACUGAAGAUGAUAUCAAUGAAGUUAAAAACGAUAUUUCUACAUUGAAAUUUGAGUUAUUAGAAAUUUAUAAACAGAAUGGAAUGGAUAUAUCGUGUGCAUCACAGAAAGAACAACCCGUUCGUGCUAAGCGUGCUAAGGAAUGGGAACGACGUUUAAUGAAAGAUUUUCAAGUAUCUUUGAUUACUAGAGAUGAUGAAGAAAAUAAGGAAAUUGAUAUGAAUGUUUUAAAUUUAAAACAAGAAGCACCACCAAAUGAAAAUCCAAAGGAGAAAUUUAUAAGAGUUGCUCGUAUGGUUGCCCAAGAAACAGUAGCUCAUAAAUGGAAUACUGUUUUAAAUAGUGUUUCUAAAGAUUCUCAAAUAGGACGUUGUUGUAAUGAAGAAAGUUUCCAAAGUCAAAUGAAUUUACAGAAGGCAAUUGAUGAAGCUCAAAGAAUGAUUUUAACUACCGAUCCAAAUCAUUCUGAAAAUACAAGUCCAGUUGAAUUUCAUGAUGAAAAAUCAAUUACAUUAUUAGGUUUAAUAAAUAAAUUCUCUGAAGAAGUUGGAAGUGCUGUUAAUCGUAGUACAUCAAAAUCGAAAAAAGAUGAAAAAAGAAAUUUAAAUCGUGAAGAAAGUAAAGAUUCUAAUACAGGAAAAAUUAUUAUGUCAAAAAAUACUACUGCAAAAACAGUUGGUGAAUUAAUUCGUUCAAUUUCACCAAAUCCAUCAAAUUAUAAAGAUUUACAAAGAUCAAUGUCACCACCAAUAUUAUCUGAUAAAAUGGCUUCAGCAUCUGGUUAUCAAAAAGUCAAUGGAUCUACAGUAAUUAAAGGUAAAAAAGAGAUUGAAAUUGUCUUAUCACCCGUUGAACUAGAUAAUAAGAAAAAUGGAACAGGGAAAACAGAUUUAAAAACAAUGAGAAAAGCUCCACCACCACCACCAGGAAAUGAUAAUACAUUAAAAAUCAAUGAGAAUAGAUUAAGUGGUGCACGUUCACCAGAAAUUCGUUUUUUAACAUUACAUGAUAGCAGUGAAAAUUUGGUACAACGUGACACAGAUUCUGAUAUUAGUUCAAUAGGACCAAGUAGUCCAAGACCAGGUGGUAAUACUGGUAGUGAUGCUAAUAGCAGAAGAAAGGGUUGGUUAUAAAAAAAAAUAUGAAAAAAAAAAAAAAACAAUUUAAAGAAUUCUUUAUUUGAUAUUUGUUAGUUAAAAUUUACAUAUAUGAAAUUUAUUAUAAAAAUCUAUAAAAAAAAAUUAGAUCUUACUUUAUAUAGCUACAAGUUAAGAAUCAAAAGGCCUUCAAACAUUUAAUAAAUAUUUCUAAAUGUAAUUUAAUUUUAGAAAGAGAUUUUUAAAUUUAUAUUUAUUUACAUACGUAUAGUUAAAGAAAUCAAUAAACUUGUUUAUUACUAUGGAAUUUAUAACAAAUUAUACCAAACUCAUUAAUUGUAUAAGAAUAAAAAUUGGACUUUAACAAAAAGACUUGUUAAAGAUGUUGGAUAAAAAAGAA